CUCUACCUUCCUACGGAAUCACCGCCCACUAUGCCCAGGAGUGUCCAGAAAACCCCGAGAUUAACCACGUUACGGUGGUCUGCCUCGAAAGGAAGAACUUUGGCGUGCUUUUCGACUACCUAAGCCACGUUCAAGGAAAUAAACAAGAUCUGAGGCGUGCUCUGGGCGCGAUCGACGCGCUAGACCCGCCUGCAACUUUGGGGAUGGGUGCUGUUGGGUUCUAUUCUGGAGAGCCAUGGGGGGGUAUUUGUGCCGACGUGUCUUCAGGGGCAAGCGUCCAAAGUUGUGGUGGAGACAAUGCUCUACGUGCUGGACAGGCAUCCGCCGCUCUCUUUGCCCCUCAUAUGGGAUGUACUCGACAACGAAGAUCGAAAUAUCCUUUUACGACUCAGCUUCUUCGCGGGCUCAAUGAGUGGAAGAGUCAUGAACAGCCACUAGGGAUGUCAUUUGAUCUCUUCAGUGUCGAUGCCAACGCCUUCAUCCCCGCCUGCUUGCACGUGGUGCCCUUCCGCCUUCCUUUCCCUCUCAAACAUGUCCCCGUCUUUAAAGAAUCGAACGUAGCCCUCACUGAGGAUGCGGGGGACUAUUCACGCGGUCUCAAGCCCCUCGUACCGAUGUGUUCUAUGACGGCGAGUUUCAUGGCGUUCGAUUUCGUCUGGCCAAUGGAUGUCCCGCAGCGCCGUCAAUGUCUGAAGGCGGACUGGCACAUCGAAGAUCGAGGGAGCUCCGACGGCACAGUAGCCGUGCGACCGCUUAUUGGGGAAGAGGACUGUACCGUUCAGGAUUUGCAACCGCACUCGGAGGUGGAGGCUGGGACAGGGCAGGCGCAUGGUGAGGCUCAAGCGGCGGGAGCGAAGGAUGACAGGGAAAUUUCGGAAAUUCUGGGAUUUCAGCUUGACGGAAGAGAAAUUACUCACGUUGACGUCCAGGAGGAGGUGGAGAUUUGGGAGAUCCUCUCAGAAGGCUCUCUGAUACCAUGCGAGCUCCUACAUCGGGCGGAGGGCCCGGUGCGAUGCCAGUGUGGCUUAGGCGCCCUAACGCGCUCUUCAGACUGCCCUAAGCAUAUCCUCUCCCCACACCUCUAUCCUAAUAUGCCUACGCCUCGAAAUGUUGACGAACGCCUAUUCAAGAUCUUUGCACUCACUGUAACGACAACUCUGGAUGAAGUCUGGAGCACAUCACGCCAUGCAACUUCUGCGACAAGAUGGACCAUGUUACAGUCGUCUGCCUGGAAAGGGACAACUUCGUGUCUUAUGGACGGAACGGAUGUCUGCCCGAUGGAACUCAGCAGUACCCAGAUCGAUACAGAAGACAGGGAACUCAUGGUGGAGGCCGCCAAUCAGCCGCAUGACCCUCCUCUGAAGUUCGGCGGAUGGGUGUUGAUGGGUGCUGUUCCCGAGUGCUACGAGGAUUGGAAGCGGUCGCGUCCUCUGCUAAAUUACCAGUGGCCUCCCUACGUUGCGGAGACACAGGGGCCACAGGGACGGGCCGCGUUAGACGCAUUACUCCCCGUUUCCAUCCCCCUCAUAGGGAUCAUAGAGCCCACCGGGUUUGCAAUCAAUAUACCAGGUCCGGAGGAACAACCCCUGCUUGUUCAGCCCAUACCGGGGCUCAAUCCCUUUAAAAACCCACGACCGCCCACGCCGAGCUAUGACCUGUACAACGCGGCAUCCCAGACGUUCGUACCGGCGGACAUGACAGACGCCUUUCCUAUCCGCCUGUCCCUCCCCCUCGACCACGUCCUAUUAUUAGGGACUACGAUGUUGUAA